CCUCUCUUUUUUGCACUUUCUAACCUCUGGGCCGGCUUUCAGGAUGAGAUGCUGCUGCUAAACUUCCUCACAAAUAUGACUAACAAUCUGCAGCAGUUCUCAGAAAUCCAGUCACAGCUUUUUCCAAAGGACGUGCUGACAUCUCUUCUGGAAGGAGUGACUGUGAAAAGCGAUGAGGAAAGGAUAAGAGAAACCACGGGAACCAGAGUGAAUGUUUCUGAUUUCAAGGACCAAGAGUGGCUUUUUCCAGAGACUACUGAUAAUUUUGAUCAGCUGCUAAUCCAGUAUCAUGGUUUCUGUGCACAUGCGAUUGGUGUGAAAGGCCUCACCCUCCCAGGAAAUCCCGCUAUUGGAAUUUUAAAGCACAAGGAGAGAUGUUACGUUUUCAGUUCCCGUGAAGCUGCAUACACCUUUGCUCAGGAUCCAGAUAAGUUCAUUCAACUGAAUGUAGAAAAAGCAAAAGAACAUGCAGAGCUGAUUCAGCUGCUCGAGCUUCAUCAUCAGUUUGAAUACCUUGCUCCGUAUGCAUGGGCCAGAAAUGCAGACAAAUAUUUGAUGAAACCAACAACAACAUGUGACAGUAGUACUCAAACUGAUACUCAUAUCCUCCCUCCAACUAUUGUGACAUCUUAUGAAUGGAAUGAAUGGGAAAUGAGAAGAAAAGCUAUAAAAUUGGCCAAUUUGCGCCGAAAAUUGACUCAUGCCAUGCAGACUGACCUCAGCCACAUGAGAAGAGAGAACUCCACCCAAGUGUACUUGUCAAAAGAUGUCAGCACCCAGACUAAGCGUGACAACUCAAGCAACGUACCCAGACCACAGAUUUUCUUGGAAGGUCUCCGAGGAGCAUCUUCUCCUACUACUCAUAUGGUCAAAGUAGACUUAACAAGAGCAGUAGAUGAACCUAAGUGA